AUGUUUCUUCGUGCACCAUGCAAAGUCAAUUUAACGUUGGAUGUAUUUAAUAAAAAGGAACAUACGGAUGUUUAUCAUAAUCUUGACUCGCUUGUCGUUCUAUUUGGGCAACCAGCUGACGAACUGCGCAUCUAUAUAGAACCAACUAACAACAAGACUUCUAUUACAUUGCUAUGCAGCGAUUCUCGGCUACCAAAUGAUAAUCGAAAUUUGGCCUAUCGAGCAGCUGACGUCUAUCUUAAACAUAUUGACGAACCUUUUCAUGUAAAAAUAGAACUGGACAAGCACAUACCAGCUGAGGCGGGACUCGGUGGUGGGAGUAGCGAUGCGGCGGCUGUUUUGCGCGCUUUAAAUAUUUAUUUCAAUCAUAGGAUUGAUCAAACAACAUUAAUGGCAAUGGCAGCUCGUCUAGGCUCUGAUGUUUCGUCCUUUCUGGCAGAAAAGCCUGUGCGCAUGCGCGGCUAUGGUGAUGUUAUUGAAACACUACAUUGUGAACUACCUUCUCUAUAUGGCGUAGUCGUACGCCCCAAUACAGGCGUAUCAACAGCACAUGCAUAUGCACUUCUCGAUGCGAUUCCAAACCGACAGCCAGGCAGUAGUACCGAACAGCUUCUUUCUUGUAUACGUGCCGAUAAAGACAGUUCAAUCGAUAUUGUCACACUACUAGCAAAGAAACUUUCCAACGACUUUGAAUCUGUCAUAUUUGCUGCUUAUCCGACUAUCGCAGAAGCAUAUGAUAUGGUACUCAGUGCCGGUGCGCUGCGUGCUCUUCUGUGUGGAAGUGGUUCGGCUGUUUUCGGUCUCGCUCGAAAUAGUCAGCACGCGGAACAAUUAGUAAAUCAACUGGCUCCUCAUUUUCCUUUUGUAACCAAUGUUUCAACUGCUACUCUGGAAACGUUUACCAUCAAUCACUUUUGA